AUGGCUGCUGCCUUUACGAGAAAUGCCUCCAUGCACAAUCUACGCCGGAGCCACCGGCAUUCGAUCGGAGCACGGAAUAUUCUCCCACGCCAACUCCAAUUAUCGAAAUCGUGCUCCCGUUUUCCCCAAUCUGUUUUCACAAGGACCAAGGAGCUUGAGAUUUCGGCUUCCACCAUAAUUUCUUCAUCAAGGAAAUUGUCUUCUUCGAAGUUCGCGCUAUUUGGAUGGUACUUGGGGAUGAUCAAAUCCAGGCCCAUUGUCACCAAAAGCGUCACCUCCGCUCUCAUUUACACCGCUGCCGACUUAUCCUCCCAGACAAUUUUGGGGGAAUCAACAGAAGGAUAUGAUUUGGAGAGGACAUUACGGAUGGCUGGCUACGGAAUAGUGCUAUUGGGGCCUUCAUUACAUUAUUGGUUCAACUUUGUAUCAAGAGUAUUUCCUAAGCGUGAUCUCCUUUCGACAUUUAAGAAAAUAGCUUUGGGGCAGACAGUCUACGGACCUGCAAUGACCAUUAUUUUCUUCUCUGUUAAUGCUGCUUUACAAGGUGAAAGUGAUUCUGAGAUUGUUGCUAGAUUGAAGCGUGAUUUGAUCCCAACAAUGAUGCGUGGGGUUAUGUACUGGCCAAUAUGUGAUUUUGUGACGUUCAAAUUCAUCCCCGUACAUUUACAGCCAUUAGUGAGCAACUCAUUUUCUUAUCUGUGGACCAUUUACAUGACAUACAUGGCAAACUUGGAGAAAGUUGGCACAACAUGA